ACAAAAAAAGGAAGGCACAAACUUCGCAUUGAAAAAAACAGAUACAAGAAGGAAAAGAGGGAAAAAAGAGAGGAAGGAAACAUAAAGGGAUUUGGACUUUGGAGGGAAAAAAAAUAGAGAAAGAAAAUGGGGAAAGGAGGGGACAAGAGAAUGGAAGAGAAAGAUGAAGGAUUAGCAAUGGCGAAUGAUUUCUUUUGGUCAUAUACAGAUGAACCUCAUGCUUCAAGGAGACGUCAGAUCCUCUCUAAAUACCCUCAAAUUAAAGAGCUUUUUGGUCCAGAUCCCUUUGCUUUCCUUAAGAUUGGUGUGGUUGUUUUGAUUCAACUAUGGACUGCCACUAUCCUCCAUGAUGCUAGUUGGCUAAAAAUAUUGAUAAUUGCUUAUUUCUUUGGCUCAUUCCUCAACCACAAUCUCUUCUUAGCCAUCCAUGAACUUAGCCACAACCUUGCCUUCUCAACUCCGAUCUACAACCGUUGGCUUGGGAUUUUCGCUAACCUCCCUAUCGGUGUACCUAUGUCCAUCACUUUCCAAAAGUAUCACCUCGAACAUCAUCGUUUCCAAGGGGUAGACGGCAUCGACAUGGAUGUUCCAAGCUACGUUGAAGCCCGUGUUGUGACCAAUGCUUUCUCAAAAUCCAUAUGGGUUAUCUUCCAACUCUUCUUCUAUGCGCUCCGACCUUUGUUUCUCAAACCGAAACCCCCUGGUUGCUGGGAGUUCAUAAACUUAUUCUCUCAGCUCGCCCUCGAUGUGACCAUGGUUUACUUUCACGGGUGGAAAUCUUUCGCUUAUUUGAUCCUUUCGACAUUCGUUGGUGGUGGAAUGCACCCGAUGGCAGGACAUUUUAUCUCCGAACAUUAUGUGUUUAAACCCGAACAAGAGACUUAUUCUUAUUAUGGUCCUCUUAAUCUUUUGACAUGGAGUGUUGGCUAUCACAAUGAACAUCAUGAUUUCCCUAGGAUCCCUGGGUAUAAGCUACAUAAGGUGAAAGAAAUCGCACCCGAGUAUUACGAAGGCUUGGAAUCGUAUAAAUCAUGGAGCCAAGUUAUUUACAUGUACAUAAUGGAUCAAACCGUCGGACCGUUUAGCCGAAUGAAGAGGAAGAUCUCGAAAAAAUCUGAAUAGGUGAUGUGUUCCCCCCCCCCCCUCCCCAUUUGGGAUCUUUUUGUUUUCUGUUUUGCCUUUCUGUGUUUCAGUAUGGGGUUUACUUGCAUUUUAAGGCUCAAAUAUUGUUUUGUAAACAUUGUUGAGGUAUUAAGAUUCUAUUAUGUAGUUUUUA